AUGGGACGCACUCCAUGUUGUGACAAAGAUAAUGUGAAGAGAGGUCCAUGGUCACCUGAUGAAGACGCAACUCUCAAGAGCUACCUUGAGACUCAUGGAACUGGUGGAAAUUGGAUCCUUUUGCCCAAAAAAGCUGGUCUUAGGAGAUGUGGGAAGAGUUGCCGUUUACGUUGGCUCAAUUAUCUGAGGCCAGACAUCAAACAUGGAUGCUUCACUGAAGAGGAAGACAACAUUAUAUUGAUAGCUUCUCGGAUGUCUGGAAGAACAGAUAAUGAUGUGAAGAACUAUUGGAACACCAAAUUAAAGAAGAAGGUAUUUGGAGGAAAACAAAACCUCACAACAAAGAACAGCAAAGAGCCCACUAACAAUGCCACUCUUCCUGGCUCUGCAGCCUCACUGGCCCUGCCUUGUGUCCCAAAAGCUGAACCCCAAGACUCUGCCUUUUCAACAUUCCAAAACCAAAUUCCAGCCACAUUGCACAUGUUAACUGAUGUUAAUUCUGGACUGAAUGCCUGUAACCAAACCUGGACCUUAAACUCACCAGAUCAAUUAUACAGCUCCAAGGUCAUGGCUUUUUCAGAUUUUGGUGCAAGUUCAAAGAGAAGUUACACUACUGUUUCAUUAUCUCAGGAUGGCUCAAACAUUUCAGACUCUUCUUCAAUAGCUGCUGUUGACAAGUGUGCCUCACUACCUGGAAAUGGUUCCCUUGAUGAUUCUGGGAUGUUUACAGAUUUCGGUCUGCCUUAUGAUUUAUAUUCAGUCUCAGUUGGACCUCUGCUUCUGUUCAUAGAGGAGGAGAAAAUGUGA